CACAAACCCUCUAACUGGACUCCACUGGCAAGUCCGCACAUCAACCUCCAACACCAACCCCCCAACCCGACAACCACCUACACCAUCUUCGUCACCAUGUCGGACGGCCAGACGAAGCAGUUUGGAAAGGGCCAGCGGCUCGUGCCCGCCCAGAAGGCUCAGAAGUGGUACCCCGUGGACGACGAGUCGCAGCCUAAGAAGGUUCGCAAGACUAUCCGCCCCGCCAAGGUCCGCGAGACCCUCCAGCCCGGUACUAUCCUGAUCCUCCUCGCUGGCCGUUUCCGUGGCAAGCGUGUUGUCCUCCUCAAGCACCUCGACCAGGGUGUUCUCCUCGUCACCGGCCCCUUCAAGAUCAACGGCGUUCCCCUCCGCCGUGUCAACGCCCGCUAUGUGAUCGCCACCUCCAAGCGUAUCGACAUCUCCGGUGUUGACGCCAAGACCGUCGAGAAGGUCUCUACUCCCGACUACUUCACCAAGGAGAAGAAGGCCGAGAAGAAGUCUGAGGAGGCUUUCUUCAAGCAGGGCGAGAAGCCCGAGAAGAAGAAGGUUGCCUCCGCCCGUGCCGCUGACCAGAAGGCCGUCGACCAGUCCAUCCUCAGCAGCGUCAAGAAGGAGGAGUUCCUGAGCAGCUACCUCGCCACUACCUUCAGCCUCCGGAACGGUGACAAGCCCCACGAGAUGAAGUGGUAAAAAAGUGCGAGAUGCGGCGGCCGCGGGUUCGGUAGAUAGUUGGGGAGGACUCAUCUUUCAAGACGAGGGGCGGCUCGAUUGCACGUCGGCAACCCUUUUCGCGUGGCGGGAGGGGGAAAAGGUUUCAUGAAUCAUGUAAAUCCACAAACGGAUUCCGUCUACACAUGCUUUUUCGCUUUUUUCUAGGGAUCGGCGGUUUAAUACGGAAUAUCCGGCUGUUGUU